AUUCUGCUCAAUUGACGCACCACCUUUUUCCCCCACCAGUGCACGACUCUCUUCUCGCUGGCUUCCUUCCUCGGAUCCGGCCACCGGCGACGGGCGUCUCUGAGCUCAGGUGUUCCACCUCGUUGAGCCGUUAUUUGGAGAUUUCUCUUACAGCACAACAUAUUUAUUAGCUCCUACUCUUUGCCGCUUGUGCUUCUCACUUCUUCGCUUGUGACCAACGCUGUUCUCACUUGUUCAUCUGUGUUUUCCAUCCAGAAACAGUUCCAGUGCUUGAUUCCGCUCACAUUGAUGCACCACCUUUUUCCUCACCAGUGCACGACUCUCUUACCGGUUUCUUUCCUUGGAUCCGGCGACUGACGACCGGUGGCGAGCGUCUGCGAGAUCAGCCUGUAGGUGUUCUGCCACGUGGAAAUGCUGUUUGGGGAUUUCUGCUUUCAGCGCAACAUAUUUAUUAGCUCCUACAACAUUGCCUUAUCACUGCUUUUGACUUGUUCAUCUGUGUUGUUCUUCCAUCGCCGAGUUCAGAAACAAUUCCAGUGCCAGUCUUUCAAUUUGUUCAGGAACAUUCCUCACCCAAAAAAAUAUUGAAAAAAGAUGAGGGGAGAAUUUUUCCUCUAGAAACACCCCUUAAACUCUCUUUCAGCUAUAAGAGGAAAAGUCUGCACUUGGAUUCUUCUACCUGUUUCCCUUGUCUUUCUGCACCCAAGAUUUGUGCAUCCACAAAACAAACAAAAUUCCCUUCUCUAGGCAUAUACAAACACAAAAAAAACCUGCAAUCUGAUGGCAGAAUUGGUGCUCACUGGCUUAAGAUUGGCCGCAUCGCCGGUCUUGAUGAAGCUCCUUGCUGAUGCUUCAACGUACCUUGGAGUGGACAUAGCGCAUGAGCUCCAUGAGUUGGAGACCACUAUCAUGCCGCAGUUCAAGCUGGUGAUUGAAGCAGCAGACAAGGGAAACCACAGGCCCAAGUUGGGCAAAUGGCUUCACGAACUCAAAGAAGGCUUCUACAUGGCUCAAGAUUUGCUGGACGACCAUGAGUACAAUAACCUCAAGCGCCAAGCAAAGGGGAAAGAUUCCUUGCCAGCCAAUGCAUCCUCCAUCAGAAGCACUUUUAUGAAGCCCCUGUGUGCUGCAUCGAGCAGGCUGUCCAAUAUGAGCUCUGAGAAUAGGAAGCUAAUUCGCCAGCUAAAUGAACUGAAGGCUACACUGGCAAAAGCCAAGGACUUCCGUGAACUGCUCUGCUUACCAUCAGGUUAUAAUGCAGAAAGCUCCGCCAUACCAGCUGUUGUCCCUGAGGCCACAUCACUACCACCUCCAAAAGUGAUUGGUCGUGACAAGGAUCGUGAUCGUAUAAUAGAUCGUCUUACCAAGACAACUGCUACUACUGAGUCUAGUUCGGCUCUGUACUCGGGUUUGGCCAUUGUUGGAGUUGGAGACAUGGGAAUGUCCACCUUGGCACAACUUGUUUACAAUGACAAGAGGGUAAAAGAAUAUUUUGAUGUGACAAUGUGGGUAAGCAUCUCACGCAAACUUGAUGUCCACCGUCAUACACGGGAGAUCAUUGAGUCUGCCUCUCAGGGGGAAUGCCCACGCAUUGAUAACCUUGAUACUCUGCAGCGCAAGUUGACAGCCAUACUGCAAGCAUCAGGAAAGUUCCUGCUUGUUCUGGAAAAUGUUUGGUUUGAACCUGGCAGUGAUAGGGAAUGGGACCAACUGUUAGCUCCUCUAGUUUCCCGACAGACGGGAAGCAAAGUUUUGGUAACUUCUCGACGGGAUACAUUUCCAGCCGCUUUUUGCUGUGAAGAAGUGUGUCCACUGGAAAAGAUGGAAGAUGCUCAGUUCUUGGCACUCUUCAAACACCAUGCAUUCUCUGGAUCAGAAAUAAAAAAUAAGCACCUGCGUGAAAGGCUGGAAGAUUUUGCAAAGAAGAUCGUUAAAAGGCUUGGACAAUCUCCUUUGGCGGCUAAAGUUGUGGGAUCCCGGUUGAAAGGGAAAGCCGAUAUCACUACAUGGAAGGAUGCUUUAAGUAUAAAGAUUGACAAAUUAAAUGAUCCCAUGAGAGCUCUGUUGUGGAGUUAUAAGAAGUUAGAUCCACGUCUGCAAAGGUGCUUCCUAUACUGCAGCUUGUUUCCAAAAGGGCACGAGUAUGUCAUCGAUGAGUUGGUUUAUCUUUGGAUGGCAGAGGGCCUUGUUGAUUCGUGCAACCAAAACAAGAGAGUGGAAGAUAUUGGGAGGGAUUGCUUCAAGAAGAUGGUCUCUGCUUCGUUCUUUCAACCAUACAUUGCCCCGUAUUAUGUUAUGCAUGAUCUCCUUCAUGAUCUGGCAGAAUCACUCUCCAAAGAAGACUACUUCAGAUUGGAAGAUGACAAGGUCACAGAAAUACCAUCCACUGUUCGACAUCUAUCUGUUCGUGUUGAUAGUAUGAUGCAACACAAGCAAAGUAUCUGCAAGCUACAUCAUUUACGCACUAUUAUUUGCAUAGACCCCCUAGUGGAUGAUGUAAGUGACCUUUUUAAUGAGAUACUACAGCAUUUGAAGAAGUUGCGCGUACUAUGUUUGUCAUCUUCCAGCGGUACUAAGUUGCCAGAAUCUGUUGGUGAGUUGAAGCACCUUCAAUAUUUGAACAUCAGCGGAACACUGAUUUCUGUAUUGCCAAGAUCAGUGUGUGCUCUUUACCACUUGCAGUCACUUCUGUUUUCCAAUAUAGAUCGGAGUUUUCCUGAGAAACUCUGCACUUUAAGGAAGUUACGACAUCUUGGACAGAUAUGCAUGCCAGUCGUGCCCCAGUUUCCUAACAUUGGUAAGAUGACUUCGCUUCAACAAUUUGACAAUUUUUCUGUGCAAAAGAAAAAGGGAUAUGAGUUGCAACAGCUGAGGGACAUGGAUCAAAUUCGUCACUGUUUAACUAUCACAAAUCUUGAGAAUGUCACUGGGAAGGAUCAAGCCUUAGAAUCAAAGCUGCAUCAGAAAAUUCAUCUUGACAGCUUGCGACUUAUCUGGAGUUGCAACAAUAACACUGAUACAGAGGAUAGUUUGCAUUUGGAGAUUCUAGAAGGUCUGAUGCCACCAUCUCAACUUGGACAUCUUACAAUUGAAGGUUACAAAUCAUCAAAAUAUCCGGGCUGGCUAGUUGAUGGUUUGUAUUUUGAGAAUUUGGAAUCUUUAAGAUUUGUUGAUUGCAGCGAAUUGCAAAGCCUACCAUCCAAUACUGAGCUAUUUGUGAAUUGCUCUAGACUUGCCUUCGAAAAUGUGCCAAACCUGAAGACAUUACCUUGUCUUCCACUAGGCCUUAAAUGUUUGGAAGUACACAAAUGCCCACUGAUUGUAUUUAUUUCCAACGAUGAGCUGGAUCAUCAUUAUGAGAGAGAAAAUAUCAUGAGGACAAAACACUUGAUAUCACUGUUAAACACAUUAUUGUGAGGCUGUUGGGCCGAACCACUCAUGUAUCACGUUGGAGUAGUUAGGUGUUGUAUCUCCUUCUAUCUGCUGUUUAAGUCUCCUGUAAUAUCUCUUGUUGGUUAGAUAAGACUCUGCCAACUCUUGUAACACAAGUAAUCAAUCCAAUAUAUACCAAUGCGGCUCCCCUGUUGGGAGUAGGAACGCUUACCCAAAUCUUUACAU